AUGGAAUUUUACUUAAGAAAAGGGAAUUGGAACUGUGGAUCUGAAUCAAGUAGUCUGUCUCAUUCAGAUAAAAGGUAUGCUUGGGAAGAUGAAGUGAACUCUCAGGGUGAAUUAUUUUAUGUUCAACAUUAUCCGUUUCCAGCUGACGUUAAUGAACCUUGCAAUCAAUCUCUUCUUCAGACAGAUGAUAGCAAUGAUAAAGAUAACCCAGGUAUUUUUGGAAGACUUAUGAGAAGGAGAAGUAGCCGUAGAAGUUUUAAACGAAAAGACAGUUCUAAAUUAGACACCAAUCUUCCUGGAUCUUCUUCAGCAGAGGACCAGUUUCCUUUACCUGAGGUGUUAGAAAAAGGGGCUGAGGAUAUAGAAACUGUUAAUAUAUACAUGAAAAUUGAUUUUUCAAAUAUAAAGGCAAUCGGAAGAAGAGCCACUGCCGUUGAAACAUUUCUAGGCCUUAAGAUAAUGUUCUACGAUACUAAGAUUAUCAUUUUAGACCUCAUUCCUAAUGGUCCAGCUUUCUAUCUUCAGACUGCUUUCCAAAAAGGCGAUUGUUUGCAUAGCAUAAAUGGUAUAUUAGUCACUUCUGAAAAUAUUGAACAAUACCUAAGGAACAUAUCUUUUUCGAAAGAAAUAAAAGAGGUUGUACUAACAGUUCAUAGAGUGAAAUCUUCAAAAAGAAAAGUAGAAGUUUCAAAGACUCAUCUUUCUGCUGAUCAGGAGGAUUGUGAAUUGGAAGGGUUCGGUGUCCUUUUUGCAAACAUUGGUACAAGAGCCGGAAGUAAUGACAGUAGUAUCUCAGCAGACGACAUUAUAUUCAGUUAUCCAUCGGAGCGAAAUAUGUUGUCUUCAAUCAGAGGAACAUUUCUCACGCUCCUUCAUCUACUCCCUUCCCUAGGAGCGGGUCAGCCGAUCAGCUCUUCAGUUAUCUCAAAUGGAUUGUUAGUCCACAUCAUCUAUACCAGGAAUGAAGAUGAUGUAAUGUUCUUGGCCUUACCGGACUCGAGGAUUUCCCUAAAAGAAUGUUAUUGGGUAAAUGCUAAUGUCGUCAGGUGCCUACAGUUCACUUUUCAAACAGUUUCAAGAUGUUUUAGAAAUGAAAGGAAUAUAAAUUCUCUUCUGAAAUUUUUUCACGCAUUGUUCAAAAGGUUACAUAACAGAAAAAAGAAUGUAGAUGAAUUCUUUUGCGAAUUUGAAUCUCUGUUACCUGCUGCGCAUCGCCUCGUACUACCUCAUCAUAUUUAUGUUCAGGUAGAUGAUGCACUAAAUGAAUUAGAAGCCAACGACAUAGAAAUCUAUGAGGACCAGAGAUUGUACUCAAUUAUUGGUUCCAGUUAUUUUUAUAAGGGAUACAAAGUAUGUUCUCACUUUGCUAAAGAAGACCUCGUCGACAUAAUAUCACUUUGUAAACAGAGCGAUAUUCUGAGCCUGAUGAAGUCAGGCGUGAGCGAGUUGAUCUUCUGGAAGGAGGCCUACCCUAGUUCCGUGGGACGUGGCCUCGGACCUCAUGCUGCCGCUCCCUACAGCCUUCUCCCCUCCAGUUGGUACCUCCUCAUUGUUGCCAAAGAUCAAAACUUUCUGUUUGUCUUAUUGGAAUCUGGAAGUCACACUGCUAGAACUCUUCAAAAAUCAGGACCUGAUGUGGCUUACAUCGAGGAAGCACUGGCUACUCUUAAACAUAUUAUAAAAAUUGGGAUUCCUGCUGUCGCAAAUAAAUUAUUAAAACUGAAGGAUACAUCAAAACCUGCAAUAUCUAAUUAUUCUUCAGUAUCAAUGGAAAAUAAUCUUCAUACAUCAUUUAGUGAAACCACUCUUAAUAAGCAGCACUCAUUAUCCUACCGCUCAUUGGACAUUAGCCACUUACCUAGAUCACGGAGUAAUAUCAAUUUGGUUUCAACAUCUUCAGGUUAUUGCAAUGAGUCUUUGAGUAGUGACGAUUGCCCUCCGGUUAUUGGCCGGCGUGCUGAACGAGAACUAGCAAUGGAGACGGUAUCGAGAGCUUCGGAUAUUUCUGACGAUUCCGAUUGGAACAAGGCUAACAUCGGGUAAAGAAGAUGUAAUGAUACAUUACGUUCAUUUGGACAAGUCCGAGGGUGUAUUGAUAUCGCCCGUGACCAGUAGCCCAGAUCACGCUUAUCUGUUGAACAAUUUCAGGCAUCACGCUCAUCAAAUAAGAAAAAUUUUAUUGAACACGAUAGCGUUUAAGAAAUUGAAAACUCCAGAGGUUUCUGCUGUUUCCUUUAAUAAGUCAUUGGUCGCAAUUAAAGAACAUGGUAUCUUGUUCGGAUAUGAAGACAAAAAAGGAGUGUCUCAUACGUAUUGGGUCGUUGGUCGACUAUUCUUCUCUCCGCACCUGAAGGAAGUCUACGCCUGCUACUGGGACUCUUGCCCUCAAAGCAUGGUCGAGGUCGCUUUCAGGCUCGCUCUCAAAAGUACAUUUUAACUUUGAUUUCAAUCUUA